UUACUUCAGCUCAGCUUUUGAAUAUACCCAGCUGUAGAGGCUGAGGCCUACUGCGAAAGCCCGUUUUCUUUGCUACAAGAAGAGGUAUGUGCGUCGCAACAUUUUACAUUGCAUACCUGCAACUGAAAACGUGAUCGAAAAGAAUACAUAACAGAUUGGGUUGUUAGAGUUUCCACCGCUUUUGUUUAAAAGGAGUUACCACGACGGCUCUUGAGCUUUUUCUAACCUUAAACAUUUUGAAUGCACUUCCUUUGUCAUAAGUCUCCUCUACCGGUUUAAGACAUAUAAGCCUCAGACCCCAUAUAAUAUAAGCACUCUUUCCCACUCCAAAAUUCUACAAAAUAGCAGAGAUUAAUUUUAACCAGUAGACUUCAGCUUAAUGCUAGUAGGGUAAGAUGAGUAUAUGAAUAGAAAGGAGAUAAAUAUCAUUUAUGAUUGUUAUACGUUGCCCUCACCAUCUGUCUUCUCAUUGGCUUUAAAGAGGCUUAUUUUGGAAAUCAGCGCAACCUAUAAGUACUGCUGAUUAGUUAGUUAUCUACCAGCAGAUAACUGACUAAUCUGUAAGUUGUGCGCGCAAUUCAUGAUUUCCAGUAACAAUUCCUUGCAACAGUAUGUUUGUCGUAAUUUUCUUCAAAACAGUCGUAUAAUAAAACAGUUUUUCAGUUUCUGUUAUAUCAUAAUUAAAUAAUCAAGGUCUCACUAUUAGACGUGCGUUUUAAUCAACCUCGGGCCUUCAGCUCACUGAUAACACUUUUUAGUAAAAUCCAACUAGUGGUCUAUUAUCAAUGCUGCAUUCUGAUUGGUUGAGCUACUACUAGGCUAUAUGUUAUAGCCCACAAGUAGUGAAAAGCGCGGGCUUUUUGGCAGCAAAAAAGGAUUAUGUAGAAUAGUUUAUUAAAACUCUCUUGCAGUAAAAAUAACUGAAUUAUCGAGUACAUUUUACAAUCAUAAGGCAACUAUUAUCUAGAGUAUAGUAAUUUACAGUUAUAUAAUAACAAUGAAAAUAACAAUUGAAUCACUUAAAAAAUUUAAAUGUAAAGAAGUCUUCCACUCUCUUAAAAAUUGUCCUACAGACCUGCAUGUUCUGGAAAAGAUAAUACUUUUGUGUUUUCUGCCUUAAGGUGUAGUUAGGUGUUCCGGAAUUAGGCUGGGAAGCAGGUGCUGCAGAGGGUGGCUGGGGGACUUCAUUUUUGCCAUAUAUUUGUAGCACAAGAGUACUCUUCUAUCAUUUAACCUAUCUAGUUUACCUAACUGUAAGAUAUGAGCAUAUGACGCUGCCUCGGGGUAGAUUAUGUUAAGCGCCCUUUUUUGCACUGCUCUAUGGCUUCGGACAUAUAAGCAGGGAUGUUCUGCCAGACUGGUACAGCAUACUCUAAAAAUUAAAUUAAAGUCUAGCUUUUACUUAGCUAAAAUUUUUUUAUUCUCGAUAUUUUUGACCAACCAGUUGGAUUUUACCAAAACAAUUAUCCCUCUCGCCUUCAUGGCCUCUGAGUCAAUAGCCCAUUCUGCCUUCGGCCUGAUGGGCUAUUGACUCAGAGCCCAUUCCAGCUCGAGGAAUAAUUGUUAAAUAUCUUGAUCACAAAAACCUCAUCUAGUAAGAAUUGUUUCUUCCAAUCAACUAUAUUUCAUAAUGUCGGCAAACUGCUAAGUUUCUAGUUGAUGACCACGACCGCUUUUUUAUUACAAUUAUAUAUAAAAGUCUCCUGUUGAUAGCUGAAGAUCUGCGUUUACAAUCUCAGUCUUUUGGUAAUUUUUCAACUUUUAGACACCAGCUUAAUUCCUUCAGACUAUCCCUGCAUUAAAUUGUACCACUGGUGUUAGUAUUCAGUGGUUAUUUUUGAUAUGAAAGCAUAUAAAGCAGCAUGCAUCAUUUUGAGAAUUAUAAUUAAAAAUUGUGUUCAGUGGGUAUGAGAGGUUCCAACUUUGGCUUAGACUGGGAAAAUAAUAUUAUUGUGGUCACAUUUUGGAGGAGUUUGGUAAUGACAGGGUGUUUGCAUGCGAAGGCUCUUCGGUAUAUUGAAAUAUUAUUUUUGUAACAAAAAUAGUGGUAACUUGUAACUUAAUGAGAAGAAAAAAUGUUGAGUUAUGGAUGCCAAAAUCUCCGCUGGAAGUUUUGGUCGAUGUCCAGCUGCAGGUGAAAGUUCCCGAGGAGGCGGAGGGGGGGGGGUACUCCCUCACAAGAGGCUAAUGGGGAUGUGUUGCUGGAUGGGGUUGCAUUUUCUCAACUGGAGUGACUAUAAUGGGGUCGCAAAUAAGAAGGGGUAAGAAGGGAUCCAAAAUGGGAAGAUUCUCGGUUAAAAAAGUCAGAAAGUUGUUGUUUAUUAAAUUUAACAAUACGCUUGCCUUGACAGCAUUACAUUCCGCCACUUGAAACCAUAUUGAUAAGGUAGAUCCAUAAAUAGAAAGAGACUAAGUUGGGAUCGUGAAAAUUACAUUUUCCAAAAGGUGACUAAGAUGGGGUCUGUAAUUGGCCAAAAAAUAGACUAUUUAACAAUUAUUCCUCGACCCUGAAUGGGCUGUGAGUCAAUAGCCCAUGAGGCCGAACGCCGAAUGGGCUAUAUUGACUCGGAGACCAUUCGGCAUGAGGAAUAAUAAUUGUUUUAGUAAAAUCCAACUAGCUGGUAAAAAAUAUUGAGAAUAAAAAAAUUUUAGCUAGUUAAAGCUAGACUUUAAUCCUUUUUUGCCGCCAAAAACCUGGCACUUUUCUCUAUUAGUGGGCUAUAACAUAUAGCCUAGUAGUAGCUCAACCAAUCAGAAUGCAGCAUUGAUAAUAGACCACUAGUUGGAUUUUACUAAAAUGGGAUAGGCCAACGGCACAUACCCAGCAAACAUUAACCCAAGUACCCCCCCUCCCCCCGGGGGAAAAUUUUCACUUCUGCAGUGUAGAGUUGGUCCAUUAUUUAGACCAAUUUGCCAGUUAGUUUUGUCUGGCCAACACUUACCAUUCUAUUUACCAAUUUUCUUGUAAUUUUACCGUCUGUGAAAAGUAAUCAGAAUAUUGGUCUUAACUUAAAAGCGGAAUUGCUUUGACCCAGUUGGAAACUUUGCUUUAAAUUAUUGAAUAGUGUUGUUAUUAUCAUGUUUUCCUGCACUUAUGGAUAGAUCCAAUGGUUUCUGAGCUUGUUUGACAAAACGUAAUAAAAGCAUCAUCCUAAUGGUUUAUUUAUUUAAGUUACAGCACAAACAUUGAACAGAACAUUAUUAUAUAGUCUUCUCACUCUUCAUAUAAUUCUGCCAAGACCAAGAUAAUUUUUUUCUGCUGUUCCUGAUAGUACUGAUGGAAAAUAUUAAAUAUUGUUUAAAAAGGUUUUACCACAUGAAUAAUUAACUAGCUUCAAGGCAGAAAAAAAAAACAUUUAUGUCAUCAACAGUUACAAUGGUCUUGCUUUAUUUUAAUUACAGCAAGUGGAAAUCACCUGGCCUUAAUUUUUCCAGUUCAUUCCAUUUGAUUCAAUUAGCCAGCGUGUGUAGCUGGUGGGGUUAGUUAGCUAAGGAGUGCUGUCAUUUUUUGGCAGCAGAACUGCAGGAAGUUUGGGAGCAAGCCGAAUAUUCUGCCUUGCAUAAAGAAAAUACCCACUGCUUAACAAACGUACCAGAUACACAGUGAGGCUAGAUUUCUUCCAGCCCAAGUUGAGGUAAGUGAAGUUUAUUUCUACACUAAUACCUAUAGUUUCUCUGUAUCAAAUGUCUGAAAGGAAGAGAGUGCAAUGGGCUGUAAGUGGCUGGUUAUGCAAAAUUAUUAAUUCAUUAGGUAAUUUAUGCAUCAAACUUGGCCUACUGCCUGGAGUGUGUGUGAUGUAAAAACUCUGCUGUCUGUUUUCUUAUUUCAUAUUUCAGCUCAGCUUGUACAGAUAUCAACACAUCUGAAGAGGCCAAGGCCUAAGACUGCAAAAGCCAGAGUGUUUUGUUUGCUACACGAAGAUCGGUAUGUACAAAUAUAUAACAUUUUACUUUUCAUGCCCGUUACUGGAAAUGAGAUUGGGGGAGAAUACAUUUUUCAGAAUUUAUUUGGUUCUUUGAGUCCAUGAAGUCAAAAUGUUUUAACAAGAUGGACUUGUAAUUUAUUAGAGGUAAAAAAGGGAUAAUGCUGAGUUUACAGAUGCUGAAAUGUCUGCUGGAAAUUGUUUUGAAAUAUGAUUGGAAUGUCUGGCUGUUAAAAAUUCUCCAGAAAAACUGAUCCAAUCCAGAGUUGGUCCUAACUAAUAUUUUGAGCAGUCAGUCUUGUCCGGCUAACACUUUACCAUUUCAAUUUCCCAAAUUUCAAGUCUCACCUUGCAAAAAGUAAUCAGAAUUCAGGUCUUAACUUAAAUAGAAUGCUUUGACCUAGUUAGAAACUUUGCUUCAAGAAUAAUGUUAUUACGUUUUCACUUGGCAAGAUCUACUGGUUUCUUACCAGCUUGUUUGGCAAAAUGGCAAGCACCCCUAUGAUGAUUUACAUGCAUAAAUGAUUGAAAUGUUAUGCAACAAACAGUAUGAAUAUAAGGGGAUAUAAGGUAAAAAGACAUUGCUUUAAUAGUCUUUUUUAACCCUUCAUGUAAUUCUGCUGAGAUAAAGAUAAAUGUUUUCUGUUGAUCCUGAUGGUACUGAUGGUUAAGAAAGAAAAUAUACUGUAAUGUCUUAAAAGGUUACCACAUGAAUAAUUAACUUCUAGGCAAAAAUAAUAAUAUCGUUAUUUAUCUUAAAUUUGUCAGCACUUACAGUAGUUGUAAUUUUCAAUGAUUUUUUCAGUUGAUUCCGUUUGAUUCAGUUAUAGCCAGCUGGUGGGUUAGUGGGGGAUGUGCUGUUGUUUUUGGUAGCAGAACCACAAGUUUGGGCGCAAGUCAAAUUUUAUUUCCCCAUCCCAUAAAGAAAAUGCCCAGCACAUAACAAACCUACCAGCCACACAGGCUAGAAGUAGUAAUCUUAUUUGAUUUUUUUAAACCCAAUAUCUCAAUUUCUAUGGGGCGUUUAAGGUGAUCCAUUUUUCCAAACACCAUUUUUUUUUUAUUUUAGCCAGUGAAACAAAACUGAUGACAUCUUAAACCUAUGAAAAAAAUUAUACUUGAGGAUAAAUACUUGAACUCUCAAUGCAGUGAAAAUGUGGUCAGUGGUUUUUUAAAUAGAUGACAUCAUCAACUGAAGAAAAAAACACAUGUUAACAAAGUAAUAAUAAUAAUUUUAUUAUUGUAAUGAAGGGCUCCACGCAAAAAUGUCUCCACGCUCUCUUCCUUUUUGUGGGGACAUUUUCCCAUGGAGGCCUUGUCAAUUAUAAACCUCUAAAAGUGUAGCCUAACCUUUACUUACAUUAACACAGGAGAAUCCAGCUCUAGUAUCAGUUCAACAACAUGGCAUGGAGAGAUGAUGGAUCUGGUAACCUGACAGUUUCUGGAGCAAAGGUUAGCUUCACUGGGAGUGGCAACUCCAAGGGGAAUGCUAUCUGGAGUCAAGGCGGAACAGGUAGUUGGGAGUUUAAAGUGACUGGAAGUUCCGGAACCUGGGUGGGAGUUUCUGCUGAGGAUAAGUUUGCGGCUGGUUGGGGGAUGAAGGGAUUGUUCUAUGGCGGGCCGGGCAACUUGAGUGAUGGCAGUAGCCUGGUGACCAGUCGCUGGGGACCUAAGUUUGGUGAUGGUGAUGUCAUUGGAAUGCGGUUAGAACAAACUGGUGACAAGACUGUGCAGGCAUUCUCUAAAAAUGGAAGUGGACUUGGAGUGGCAUUUGAUAUUUCUGGCUACAGUGGCGUGGAGUUCCGUCCAGCGGUUUCUAUGGAUGAACCAGGACAGAGUGUGACAAUCUCUGAGACUGCUACUUCUAACCUGGCUGCUUUCCAGCUUGUUCCCACUCCAAGACAAGGGGUGGAGGGAGACUGGCAGGGGAGGUUCAAGCUGAUGAUUGAGAAAACUGGAGAAGCAGCCUGGCACAUUGCAGCCGAGGUGGCCAACAUUAUAUCCUGCAAUGUAACUCAGGGUGCUGAUGGUAAACUUGUGCCAGGACCAGUCAUGUCAACAAUGAUGAUGCCGCCUCCAGAGCUCCAGCAGCUGGAGAAUGAGGCUACCUCCAUCCUGGAAGGUCUGACUUCACUCAGACGGGAAGGAGAGACCCUGGUGCUGGAAGGAGGAGGAAAGAAGGAGAUCUUUACACCUGCCGCUGGACCUGGUUCUGCCACCAAAGACAGAGUCAACUGGAUGUGUUGAACAUCCUUCCUGUUCACUAAGGAGGCCUUUACCAAAAUUCAUAUCUCUGUGAAAAAUUGUUCAAAAUUAUUGUCUCUAAGCUUUGAAUUACUCUUAGUACCUUCCAUGAUUCUUUUCAGUAAACAAAUAAAUAAACAAAAAGUGAAUAGGUAAAAUUAAAAAAAAAAUUACCUAUUUUGUAGAUAAAAACUGGACCUGAUAAAAUCAAAAUAAUGUAAAAUUAAUUUUUUUGGAGUUGGUGGUUCAUGGGAAAGCGAAAUAAAAGCUGAUUUUUCCGGUAAAAAGAUUCAAUUUGUUCUGCUCACUAUUAGGGCGGGAGAUUGCGGGGUCUGGGCCCUAACAGAACCGGCUUUUUAAGUCUGUCCAGUUGGAAGGUCCUUUUUUAAGGUCUAGCAUACAAAAUUGAAAUAAAUUAGAAGCAAUAAAGAUUACUUUUCAUUGCAAAAUCACCGAUACUUUCGAUAUGUAC